CGCCGCCGCCGCCGCCGCCAUGUCGGGCUCCAGCAGCGCCCUCAUGAAGCAGCCCCCGAUCCAGUCGACGGCGGGGGCCGUGCCCGUCCGCAAUGAGAAGGGGGAGAUCUCCAUGGAGAAGGUGAAGGUGAAGCGCUAUGUGUCGGGCAAGCGGCCGGACUACGCGCCCAUGGAGUCCUCCGACGAGGAGGACGAGGAGUUCCAGUUCAUCAAGAAGGCGAAGGAGCAGGAGCUGGAGCCCGAGGAGAAGGAGGAGGAGCUGGCCAGCGACCCCCGCCUGCGCCGCCUGCAGAACCGCACCAGCGAGGACGUGGAGGAGAGACUGGCGAGGCACCGUAAGAUCGUGGAGCCAGAAGUGGUGGGGGAGAGUGACUCAGAAGUGGAGGGAGAGGCAUGGCACAUGGAACGAGAGGACACCAGUGAAGAAGAGGAGGAAGAAAUUGAUGACGAGGAAAUUGAGCGUCGCCGUAGCAUGAUGCGCCAACGUGCACAGGAGAGGAAGAAUGAGGAGAUGGAAGUGAUGGAGCUGGAAGAUGAAGGCCACUCUGGGGAGGAGCCUGAGUCUGAGUCUGAAUAUGAGGAAUACACAGACAGCGAGGAUGAGACUGAGCCACGCCUCAAGCCAGUCUUCAUCCGCAAGAAGGACCGAGUCACCGUCCAGGAGCGAGAGGCAGAGGCAUUGAAGCAGAAAGAAGUGGAGCAGGAGGCUAAGCGGAUGGCUGAGGAGAGGCGCAAGUACACGCUUAAGAUCGUAGAAGAAGAAGCCAAGAAAGAGCUGGAGGAGAACAGGCGCUCCUUGGCUGCCCUUGAUGCUCUGGACACCGAUGAUGAAAAUGAUGAGGAAGAAUAUGAGGCAUGGAAAGUGCGGGAGUUGAAGCGUAUCAAGCGGGACCGUGAGGAGCGGGAAGCGUUAGAGAAGGAGAAGGCAGAGAUUGAGCGGGUGCGGAACCUGACUGAGGAGGAACGCCGGGCAGAGCUCCGAGCAAAUGGCAAAGUCAUCACCAAUAAGGCAGUGAAGGGCAAAUACAAAUUCCUGCAGAAGUACUACCACCGGGGAGCCUUCUUCAUGGAUGAAGAUGAGGAUGUGUACAAGAGAGACUUCAGCGCCCCCACUCUGGAGGAUCAUUUCAACAAGACCAUCUUGCCCAAAGUCAUGCAGGUUAAGAACUUUGGCCGUUCUGGGCGGACUAAGUACACACACCUGGUGGACCAGGAUACAACCUCCUUUGACUCUGCCUGGGGCCAGGAGAGCGCACAGAAUACCAAGUUCUUCAAGCAGAAGGCAGCUGGGGUGCGGGAUGUCUUUGAGAGACCCUCUGCCAAGAAACGGAAGGUUAACUGAAGGGGGAAGAACAGAGUAC